AAAGAAAAAAAGUGGGAGAGAGAGAGCCUCUCCCCUCUCUUUCUUUCUCUCUAUUUUUCUUUUCACCCAAACACAUCACAAAAAAAACAGUAGAGAGAGAAACCCAAUUUCUAGAGAGAGAAAGUUAGAAAAGCUUUUUGCAGAUAAGAAGAAAAUCCUCAUCUCAUCUCUUCUUCCAUGGGUUUAUACUAAUACUCUCUUCAGAUCUCAUAUUUUCUAUUUUAUUCUCCAAAAAAAAAAAAAAAAAACUCACCUUUUUUUCAAACCUUCGGUUAUGCGGCGGGGUAGAGGGGCGGCAGCAACGGCAACGGCGGCGCCGGUGGCCGGAGAAGUGAACGGAUCUGGUGGAUCUAAAGAGAUAAGGUUUAGAGGAGUUAGAAAAAGGCCAUGGGGAAGAUUUGCAGCAGAGAUAAGAGAUCCAUGGAAGAAAAGUAGGGUUUGGUUAGGCACAUUUGAUUCAGCUGAAGAUGCAGCACGUGCUUAUGAUGCAGCAGCACGUACACUUCGUGGACCUAAAGCCAAAACAAAUUUCCCUUUACCCUCUCAUCAUAAUCAGUUUGUUCAAACACUUAAUAAUAAUAAUACUAACAACGAUCAGUUUGCCAAUUCCCAAUUAUACCCUCAUGAAAAUCACCCGAUUAUUUCACAAAGACCUACUUCAAGCAGUAUGAGUAGUACGGUGGAAUCUUUUAGUGGGCCUCGGUUGCCUGCCACGGUGUCCUUGCCUUCCAGGAAGUAUCCACGGUCGCCACCUGUCGUUCCUGAUGAUUGCCAUAGUGAUUGUGAUUCGUCUUCAUCUGUUGUUGAUGAUGGUGAUUUUGCCAACGACCAGGAUAACCACAAUAUAGCGUCGUCGUCGUUUAGAAAACUGUUGCCUUUUGAUCUAAAUUUACCACCACCGAUGGAUGAUGAUGCAUAUGCUGAGGAUCUUGAAUGCACAGCACUAUGUCUUUGAUGAGAUGAUGGUUUGAUUGACCUAGUUUUUUUUUUUAAUUUUUUGUUUGGGUGAUGGAAAAAAAAAGAAAAAAGAAAAAAAAAAAAAAGGGGGACCAUAGAGAUAAGGUUAAACUAUUGUCUGCUAUGAGUUAUCAUCUGUUGUUGUUAUUGUUGUUGGAAGAGAAUUCAAACUUGUUUAAUUUAAUUCUCAUAAUUUAUGUUAUGGGAUUUCGUGAUUGGUGGA